AUGCACUUUUUAAAUAAUCAUAGAAAGCGUAACAUUACCAAUAAUAAUUUAGUACCUGGAAUCUUACAAUGGACAAGAUUUGAAAGCAGGGGAAUUCCAAUUAAUUUAUUUACUAUUUAUUUAAGUGGCAGAUCAGAUGAUUAUGAAAAUGAUCAAGAAGCCAUUAACAGUUUUAUCAAUGCUGUUUUAACAUGUAAAGAUGAACAUAUUAUUUUAAGUGGGGAUCUUAAUAUUGAUACUCAAAACCCCACUACUACAAGAGAAAAGGAUUGGAUUUGGAUUCUUGAAAUGUUAAAAUUGACAGAAUUCAAAACACCAAAUUAUACAUGGAUUAGACGAAGUCAGGGAACUUUAAUUAGAUCUAGACCUGACCAUAUCUUUGUCUCAAAGAAUAUUAGAGUGGUAAAGGAAGUAAUUAUGACACCUUUGACCACUAAUGAUCAUGUCCCUUUUUAUUUAGAUUUAGAAUUUAAAUCUAAUCUUACUUGGAGAACUUACUUUAGUAAGAAUAAGAGGAAAAGAAUGUACGAAGCAAUUAAUAAGUGUAAAAUUGACAAUUUUCAAGAGCUGAAUCAAGCAAUUGAGGCUCAAAUAAUUAAAUAUGGAUCCAAAGUAGAUAGAUUAGGAGUUGGAAGAAUUUCUACAGCAUUUAAAGAAGAAAUUCAAGAUUUAGAGGAUGAAAUAUUAUCUAAAAUUAAUAACCCUAAUAUUCCUCAAUCAGAAAUACAAGAACUACAAACACUCCUAAAAGAAACACAUAUUAAUAAUGCAAAAGAGAUUAAGGAAAAACUUAUAGAUGAAUUUAAUGAUAACUCUUCAUCUAGAAUGUAUCAAUUUGAUAAAAUGAUACACUCUAACCAAAUUAUGUGGAAAGACCUUAACUUUGAAGAAGAAGAAAUAGUGGAUUACUUUACAAACAAAUUUACCUCCACUAAUCAACAACCAACAUUCACACCAAGUAAUUCAACUAUCAAAGAAGGUCCAGAUUGGAGCAAUUCGAUUCAUAUUAAAGAGCUACAAGAUGCUCUCAAACGAAUGAAAUCAAACACUUCUGGGCCUGAUCUAAUCUCACUUGAUAUAAUUAAACAUCUUACAGAAGCUAAUCAAGGAAUCCUCUUAGAAGAAUAUAAUAGAUGUUUAAGAGAUGGUGAUAUUCCACAAAAUUGGAAACAAGGAUGGAAAGCUCAGGAAAUAGAUCGUGCAAUUAGAGGUGCAAUCAGACGUAAAUUAUUAAUGGACAGAGCAACUCCAACAAGUUUCUUUCACCUGCCAUUAGAAGAAGGUGGAUUAGGAUUACCAUCAAUUGAGGAAUUCUCUGAAAGAAUGAAUUUAAGAACUAUGAAUUUAAUCGCCAAUAAUAAGAAUAAGUUAAUAAGAAAAGCUUUCAAACAUGGUAUCAAACAUUGUGAGGAAACUAAAGAUAAUAUGUAUGCUAAAUGGUUAUCUGUACUUUAA